AUGGGGGUGUGUGUCCUGCUGGAAGUUUCUGCCCACCGAGCUCAGUUCACCCACAGCCGUGCCCUUCGGGAACAUACAGUAACAGCACCGGUCUCCAACAUGCAGAGCAGUGUGUCCUCUGUCCUCCAGGGAACAAACUCUACAUCCCCUUCUGGUCCGUGUUCUGCGGGGUAUUAUUGCAGUGGUGGUUCAGCCACACCAGUCCAACAUGAAGCUGAGGAGGGACACUACUCUUUGGAAGGAGCUGUGAGGGCUGAACCGUGCCCAAUGGGAACUUUCCAACCAGGAAGAGGCUACAACUCUUGCAUUGAGUGCCAAUCUGGAAGACUUUGCAACAGGACAGGCCUAUCCCAGCAGCCCCUGUGCCCACCUGGACACUUCUGCCCUGCUGGCUCCUUAAUUGCUCACCUAUGCCCUCCUGGUACAUACACUGCAAGUUCGGGAGCGGAGGAUCUGCAGCACUGCGGCCCAUGUGAUGCUGGUCAGUACUGCCACUCUCCGGGACUAACUGCUCCUCAAGGACCUUGUGAGCCUGGUUUUUACUGCACUGGUGGAUCCCACAUUGCCACUCCGAUUAGCUCCAGGUAUGGUGACAUAUGCCCCAUGGGUUAUUACUGUCCAGCAGGCACCAGACACCCUCAUGAGUACCCCUGUCCUCCUGGAACCUGGAGUAAUGCAUUGGGGUCCCAGUCUGUGUCUUCCUGUUGGCUCUGCCCCUCUGGAUUCUUCUGCAACAGCUCUGGCCUCAUUCAACCCACCGGAAUAUGUGCUCCAGGGUUUUAUUGUGCAGGUGGUGCUAAAACAGCCAUGCCUGACGAUGGGGCAACAGGAAACAGGUGUCCGGCACGGUAUUACUGUCCACAGGGUUGUACAUCGCCUCUACACUGCCCUGAUGGAACACAUUCAAAUACCACAGGUGCUGCAGAAUGCAGUGACUGUCCCACUGGAUGGCUGUGUCUGGAGGGGGAGGAGCUCCAGUUGUGUCCAGAAGGACAUUACUGUCUGGGGGGCACAGUGGAGGACAUCCUCCCUUGCCCUCCAGGCACAUACAGCCCUAAAGCAGGACAAAGCCAAGUAGAGCAGUGUUUACUGUGCUCAGCUGGCAUAAACUUCAAGAAUCCUGAUUCAAAUAUUAGCACAGGGGUGGGUGGGCCGUGUCCUGUGGGUCAUUACUGUCCUGAGGGCACCAGCCUCCCUUUACCAUGCCCACUUGGCACCUUUUCAAACAGUCUUUAUGCCACUAAGAAAUCGGGGUGUACUGCGUGUCCUGCUGGGCAGUUUUGCGGUUCGGUGGGCUUGAGUAGACCAUCUGGACCCUGCCGAGAGGGGUUCUACUGCCCUGCCACGGCAUCGUCAUCCACUGGUUCUGAUUCUGAAGGUGGUCUCUGUCCUCAAGCGCACUUCUGCCCCACUGGCAGUGCCGUGCCUGUUCCCUGCCCUGCGGGCACUUAUACCAACCUGACAGGACAGAUUAAGUGCAGUCCCUGCCACGCUGGAUACUAUUGCCCAGAGAGUACCAGCAAAUAUACUCUGUACCCCUGCCCUCCUGGAUUCUACUGCCCUGAUGGAACAAAACAUGCCACCCAGUUCCCGUGCCCACGAGGGUAUUACAACCCUGAGCCGAUGACCCACAGCCUGGACAGCUGCUUACCCUGUCCUCCUGGCCACUACUGUGAGAAAGAGCGCCUGUCCGCUGUGUCUGGGAAAUGUAAAGCUGGAUGGUUCUGUGUAUCUGCUGCCUGGAACGCACAGCCCUUUGACCUGGACAACUACACUAAUGCUAACUGCCUAUGCCCUGCAUCCUCCACUGGGGGCAGAUGCCAGGAGGGGUUUUACUGUCCAUCAGGGACCUCUGAGCCUCAACCUUGCCCUCCAGGAGCUUUCUGCAAUGCAACCGGUCUAGCCCUGCCGAGUGGGCCGUGCUCUCCGGGGUAUUACUGCACGAGAGAAGCCACUUCCUCCAGGCCUAUAGAUGGCAUUACAGGCAACAUCUGCCCUCCAGGCACUUACUGUGACGAGGGCUCCAGUGCACCACAGCCAUGUCCAGCAGGGACUUUCUCCUCAGCAGCAGGCCUUGUUAGCAAGGACAAGUGUCAGGCCUGUAGAGCAGGAUACUACUGUGCUACCGUGGGCCUUCAGGCUCCUACUGCCCCCUGCAGGGAGGGUUACUGGUGCCCUCCUGGUCAGACAGAUGACCUAGCUCUGCCAUGUCUGGUCGGUCAUUACUGUCCCCCAGGAAGCUCUGUCCCAAUUUUUUGUCCCACUGGGACAUAUCAGGACAAGCAGAAGCAGGCAAACUGUACAAUCUGUGAAUCAGGUUUUUAUUGCGAUGCGACAUUUGGGGCUGUAAAUAUGUCGGUCCUCCAGCCUUGUCCAAAGGGACAUUACUGUCCUGAAGGAACUGGUAUUGCCAAACAAUUUCCAUGCCCUAUCGGCACUUAUAACCCCCGUGAGCUCAUGGACAGUCAAAGUGACUGUCUGUUGUGUCCGUCAGGACACUAUUGUCCAGAUGUUGGACUUGAAGAACCUACAGGGCUGUGUUUGGCUGGUUUCUGGUGCAGAGAGGGCUCCUAUUCACGCAGUCCUAUGGAUGGUUCUACAGGGGCCCCAUGCCCAGCUGGUCACUACUGUCCUAAAGGCACUUCCAGUCCUAUGCCCUGUCUGGUGGGAACGUGGUCUAAUAGUACAGGACUAAGUAGUGCUGAGGAGUGUCAGUCAUGCCCUGGAGGGUUUUACUGUGCCUCUACCGGUCUGAUAGAGCCCAGUGGACUCUGCUCAGAAGGGUAUGUGCAAAACAAUAUACAUACUGAGAUUCCCACUCCCACUGAUGGGGUCUCCGGCCACAUCUGCCCAGUGGAUCACUACUGUCCUCCAGGAACCACUCACCCUGUUCCAUGUGAUCCUGGGACUUUUGUAACCGUCACUCAAGCCUCCCAGUGCUGGCCCUGCACAGCUGGCUGGUACUGUGUGGAUGGAGCCCGGCUGCUGUGCCCAGCUGGUUUCUAUUGUCCUGAAGGCACAGGGUAUGACUGGAGGCCUUGUCCAGCAGGGACAUACAGUCCUGACUCUGGUUUGAGUUCCCUCUCUGAGUGUAGGGAAUGUGAUGGAGGACACUACUGCCCUCUUCUGAACUCCACCUCUGUCACAGGAGAAUGCUCUGAGGGAUAUUACUGCGUGCAUGGGAACAUCUCACCUCGACCUCAAACGCAGUCUGCAGGAGCAGGAGGACCUUGUCCUGUGGGUCACUUUUGCCCACAAGGCACCACUCAACCUCAUCCUUGUCCAGAGGGCACUUACAGUAACAAAACCAAACUGAUCAAAGUGGAAGAAUGUUUGCCAUGUUCUCCUGGUCAUUAUUGUGACAUAUCUGGGCUGACUUCACCCAGCGGAGAAUGCUGGGAAGGUUUUUACUGCACACAGGGAGCCGUACUCCCCAACAGCCCAAUCAACGAUCACAGAGGAGGACCGUGUCCGACAGGUUAUUUUUGCUCUAGAGGCUCCAGUGCUCCUCAGAUCUGUCCAGAAGGAUCCAUCAGCAGUAGAGAGCGACAGGACAGCUGCAGCCUGUGUCCCCAGGGCUGUGAAAUUUCCUACAAACUUUCCACCCGGCAGGUUUCUUCUGCAAGUCUCCUGGACAGAGUGCUGUGUCUGGACCGUGUGUGGCUGGACACUUUUGUCUCUCAGGAGCUGUGUCCCCCACACCCGUGGAUGGAGGGACAGGUGAUAAAUGUCCUCAAGGACACUACUGUCCCCUAG